AUGGCGCUUGCGAACGGCAAGGUGGACGAGUUCGACGAGGGGACCGUCGUGCAGAAGAAGUACGGACCGAGCGAUUACCGCUACGGUGAGCCGGUAUUCAAGGGUGAGGCAACACCGUGCUUCGAUGACGGCCUCCUCUUCCGCAUUGUCGAGAAGAGCAACAACAACCGCUGGUCUUUCUACAAUGACACCACCAACACCCAGAUGAAAGUCCAGUUUGUGUUUGGCAAGAACUCUGCAUUGCGUGUGCUGGAAAACACCGAGAUGGAGCAGCUGCCGGAUGGCUCGUACCGUGCCACCGUGAUGGUGUACCCGAUGGAGACGGAACUCUUUGUGGAGGGCGAAACGAACGGGUUCACUAGCAACAUCCGCGCUCUGCCGCUGUCCGAGGAGUACCUGAAAGACAUGGCCCGUCAGGACUACGAAUUUGUGAAGCAGGAGACGGCGACGCUGUUCAACUCGGUGGACGAGAAGGCCUCGACGGACGAGAUGGUCAAGGUGUGCGUUAAAAACAAUAUCAAAUUUGUCGACUUUGCCUUUCCACCGGAGCAGAAGUCGCUGCAGAUUGGCUCCCUGAUGAAGCUGAAGGUGCUGCCAUGGGAGCGCCCAAGCAUGUUUCUUUCUGACGAGAACGCCAAGCAGGCCCGUCUCUUUCGCAACGGGGUGCACCCGUCCAACCUGGACGAGGGCGACCUCGGCGACUCGUGGCUCACCGGCGCGAUGGCUGCCCUGGCAGAGUUCCCCGAUAAAAUCCGCGACAUCUUUCGCCACCCCGAGAGUGUCGAGCAAGGCCAGAACGAGCGGGCGUGCGGUAUUUACCGCGUCACAUUGAACAAGAACGGCUGGUGGACGAAUGUGAUCGUGGACGACUACCUGCCCGUGGCCGGCGGCCGCCCGAAGUUUGCGCGCUCGAAGGGCGACUCGGCGGAGCUGUGGCCUGCCAUUCUCGAAAAGGCGUACGCAAAGGUUUUUGGUGGGUACGGCUUCAUUGUUGCUGGUGACCCGCUACACGCUCUGCAGGACAUGUCCGGUUUCCCCUGCUCCUCUUUCGAUAACGCGUUCGUGGAGUCCACGAUCAACGAGACGUACGAGCUGUUCAUGCACCUGAAGAACUACAGCGAUGCGGGCUACCAGAUCGUGUUCACCACACCGACUCGCGAGGCUAUCAUGACGGCGCGCGGUGCCGCUAGCUGCGGUUCCCCCUCCCAGGCCGAGCGUGCCUUCGACAAGGCGAACCUUCUGCUAGGCCACACCUACUCGGUGAUUCGCGUCGGAUACUUCGAGGAGCACGACCUCCGACUGCUGCAGCUGCGCAACCCGUGGUCGCAGACCACCUCUGACUGGAACGGCCCGUGGAACAAGCGCGACGCCAACUGGGACAAGUACACGGAGGUGGCAGAAUACUUCAACUUUCAGAACACGGACGACGGCACCUUCUUCAUGGAGUGGCCGGAUGUGCAAGACUACUUCGUGGGCUGCGGCGUCUGCUUCAUUCAGCACCCCAUGUACGACUACCGUGUUCGCGGCACCUUCUUCCAGAACGUGCCCACGACCUGCCUGGAGAUCUCCGUGGCACGCCCCACGGUAAUCAACCUCAUUCUCUCCCAAGACGACAAGCGUGGCACCGACAAGCCGGAGAACGCGCCGAUCAUGAUCAGCGUUGCCCACGGCAUGGGGGCGAUGUCGCCGAUGCGUGUGGAUAUGAACAGUGGGUUCGACAACGACCACCCGUCGCCCGAGUACACGUUUCUGCAGAGCCGCGACGUCAGCAUGUUCUACGAGUUCACGCCGGAGAACUCGCCGUACCUAGUGGUGCCCCGCGCCAUGAGCCAGUUUGCGAAGCUGCCGUACACGCUUGGCAUCCUGUGCCCACAUGAGGUCGGCAAAGAGAACAGCGAGGUUCGCAUCGCCUUCCGCGCCUUAGCUCCGGAGAAUCGCAUCUUUGAUAAUUUCCAGAAGUUUAACUGCGAGACAGUGGCUACCGAGACAGAGUUCCAGGGGAAGGGAAUAAAGCAAUUUUUCCCCGACAUCUACGUUGGAACGAUCAUCCAAACCUCGGACGAUUAA